UCCACUACGCAGCGAGUGAACGGCGGCGGGGCGAUGGAGGCAGAGAUCCGCGCGGAGUUCGAGAGCAGCGGCUUCUCCAUCGGGGGCGCCGGCCCCGAGGACGCCGCCCAGAUCCUCCCCACGCUGAUGAGCUACUGCAUCAACUACAAGAUGAGCCCGGCGGAUCUCGUCUCCAACUGGGAGGUCUACUACCUCAACAGGCAAUUGGAUGGCUUAAAGCUCGAAAAGUCAUAUCUUGAUGGUUUUCUUUCACACCUUCAAAAUGAAGUUAAAGAGAGGCUAAUAGAAGAAGAGGCCAACCUUCACAUUUACUCCAGUAACGAUGUUGACAUGCUCUUGAAUAAUUCACACGCAGAUGAAGCAGCAUUUCUUGACACACCAGGCUCUAAACAGGAAAAGCCGCCUGGAGAAUCAUCUAACACUGAGUUGACUCCGAAGACAAGCGAUAGACCAUCAUCCAGCAGAGUAACCAAAACAAAUGGUGAUCGUAUCACCCCUUUUGCAACUCGAGUAAAUAAAUUUACUCAACAGUAUGUUCUUAAUGCUGAUAAUGCGGCUAGCAUGUCAAGCAAACAUGAGGGUGAAACCACAGAAGAUGAACUAAUUAGAAGAAUUCAACCAAGUCAAAGAUGUUCCUUACAAGUUCAGCGCUCACAGCCUGAACCAGGCUGCAGGUUCAUGUAUGACAGAAUGGAAGACAGAUUUAACUACUUGAAAGACCGGAUACGAAAAUCGGCAACCUUGUUUUCUGCAUCUGGUUUAUGUGGAGAACCUGCAGAUGCUACCCUUGCUUCAGAGGAGAAAAUGUUCGCAGUCGGCAUGGUAACCUGUGAUGGGGAAGGUCGUCUGAAUGAAAAAUCUAUCUUGCUACAGGGCAGUGUUGAGCACUCAAGGGGAGAGCGUGUGCGCCUUGACUUGAAAGAUCUCGAUCACUUCUCUUUGUUUCCUGGGCAGGUGGUGGGUAUUGAAGGCCACAAUCCCAGUGGACACUGUUUCGUUGCAUCAGAAUUGAUUGAUUCGAUACCAGUCUCUGUGGAUGCUCAACUUCCUAGUGCUAAGAAACAAUCUGUUGAUAAUGGAAGCCACCACCAAAAUUCUGACGCUGGCACUCAGUCAAGAGCCUUGUCAUCGGUCAUCGCGGCAGGUCCCUACACAACAACCGACAAUCUGUUGUUUGAACCAUUGCAAGAACUUCUUUCAUAUGCUUGUCGUAAGCAGCCUCAACUGCUCAUAUUGAUGGGACCCUUUAUUGACUCUGAUCAUCCUGAUAUAAAAAAGGGAACUGUUGACCAGUCCUUUCAUGAUAUUUUCUAUUCUGAAGUUCUGAGAAAGAUUCAAGACUUUACCCAAUAUUUGGGGCACACUGUUCGUGUAAUUCUCAUUCCAUCUGUGCGUGAUGCUCACCAUGACUUUGUUUUCCCUCAGCCUGCAUUUGACUUGAAUUUACCAGAAGAUAUCACACAUCAGAUUUCUUCUCUGGCAAAUCCAAGUUUAUUCAGUUCUAACCAGAUACAUUUUGGCUGUUGUACGGUGGACAUCCUGAAACAGAUCAGUGGUGAGGAAAUUUCUCGCAAGCCACCUGGUGGAAAGCCAGGCGACAGGAUUGGGCGACUAGCAACGCACAUAUUAAAGCAACAAAGCUACUAUCCUCUAUAUCCUCCUGCUGCUGGUGUGCCAUUGGACUUCGCACUUGCUAAGGAAGCCCUGGAGAUCUCAUCGACUCCAGAUGUUCUCCUCCUUCCUUCCGAUCUUGCUCCAUUUGUGAAGGUGCUCUCCCUUGGGGAAGGCAACGACGAUCAGAAACAGUUUAUUUGCUUGAACCCUGGGAGGUUGGCAAAGGGUAUUGGUGGGGGCACAUUUGUGGAGCUUUACUACAAUGAGGACACCAGCAGGACGAACGCCUCCAUCAUCCGUAUAUAG